AAACGUCACCUCCUACACACACUCUGUCCUCCUCCCAUCUACUCUGGAGCUUCCACUGGUCCUGAGCCUCCCUGUCCUCUGCCACCACCUUCCCUGUGCCACCUUCCCAGCGUCACCAUCCUGUUGCUCUCCUGCUUUCACCAUCCUUGUGCAGAGCGCACGCUGCCAGAAUGGCCGCAGUGGACAGAUACCUGCGCCAGCCCUGGAGCAUGGUGCAUGGCAUCCCCAUGGUCUCUGCUUUUGCCCCAAACUGGGAGAGAGUGGACAACUUCCAGAGCCGCCCUGAAGACAUCGUGGUGGCCACCUUCCCCAAGUCUGGCACCACCUGGGUGAGUGAGAUUGUGGACAUGAUCCUGCAAGGCGGUGACCCUGAGAAGUGCAAACGGGACGCCAUCUCCAACCGGGUACCCAUGCUGGAGUUUGCUGCCCCUGGGGAGAUGCCAGCAGGGACAGAGAUGCUAGCUACCAUGCCCUCACCCCGUGUGAUCAAGAGCCACCUGCCUGCACAUAUCCUGCCCAAAUCCUUCUGGGAAAAUAGCUGCAAGAUAAUCUACGUGGGCCGCAAUGCCAAGGACGUGGCCGUCUCCUUCUACCACUUUGACCUGAUGAACAAGUUUGAACAACACCCAGGGACAUGGGACCAGUACCUGGAGGCUUUCAUGGCUGGCAAAGUCCAUGGCCGCUCUCCCCACACAGUGGCCUAUGGCUCUUGGUUUGACCACGUGCGGGGCUACUGGGAGCGCCGGCGGGAGCACCCCAUCCUCUACCUCUUCUACGAGGACAUGAAGGAGGAUCUUCCCCGGGAGAUUGCCAAGGUGGCCCAGUUCCUGGGGCAGGAGCUGACAGAGGUGGCACUGGAGGCCAUUGCCCACCACACGUCCUUUGAGGCCAUGCGGGACAAUCCCAGCACCAACUACAGUGCUGUGCCGUCCCACCUCAUGGACCAGGGCGUCUCCCCCUUCAUGCGCAAAGGCAUCACCGGUGACUGGAAGAACCACUUCACCAUGGCCCAGAGCGCGCGCUUUGACCAAUACUACGCACAGAAGAUGGCGGGCACUGACCUGUGCUUCCGCACACAAAUCUGAGGCCCUCACACCUCCAGAUUUCUGCUUUUGCAAAAAUAAAAGUUUUACUUUUGCCUUCC